AUGGCUGCAUUUGCAAGUGUCGUUAAACGCGUGAAAGGUACUGUAAUAAUUUUUUCGAUUUGUUAUUUCGUCGUUCUCUCGUCUCUUCAAGCAAGUGCAAGUCUUUUGGAUCCCAGUCUGAUAAGUAUGGAACUUCAAAGUUUUGCCAGAGACGCUCUUGGCGUGGAAGAAAUGCAGGUAAAAGUGAUGUGUUAAGUACUUGCUUAGAAAAGAUCACUAUAUAUUCCUUAGGAAACGUAUUCCCCUACUAAUGCCGUGGCACGAAACCCCGCCGGGGAAUGGGUUUAAGCGAAUAACUUAGAGCAGUGAAUACCUUGUCACACUGACUACUCCAAAGCGACUAAAAUAAUUAAUUUCAAAGAAGGCAGGUCCAAAAACCUAAAUGCAUAUUAAGUUAUAUACCGAAGUAAGGUUAUUCCAAAAAACAAAAUACAGAACUGAACACGUAAGGAUAUAAGCCAUCGGAAAAGAAAUGUGCAAAACAAAACGAAAGCGAACACGGCUACUGAGCUGACGUAUAAUGCCACAAAUUCCGCGCCAAAACCAUAAUAGUCCGAAAAUACCCCACGAACCGCCGCGCCCCUCUAAACCGUACCGUCAGAAUAUCAAUUUCUGACUAAUUCGUUCCCAUGCCUCUCAAUCGUCAGAAAUUACAUUUUGCGGCUGUGCAGAGUCUCGAGUAUUGCCGUAGCCCAAAACAAUGAAAAUUUUCAAGGGUGGAGAUAAAAACUGAAGUGAAUGUUUUGCCCCAAAUAUGUCCAGGGUCCCCCCUUACCUGCAAUUUCCUCAGGCGUAACAAAGAAAAUAAAGAGCUGAUGGCAUAAUGAGUUAAGCAAAAUUAGAUGAAAACUUAGGAUAGGGCUUCUUUUCACACAUAAGAACAGUGAUUUCGGCGCGAUUUCUGUAGCGAAACGAAGCUGCAGACGGCCGAUCUCGAAAGUGGAGCGUCACUUAUUGGAUAGGUUUUGUGACAUACUCUUGUGUAAUGAGCAUAGUAAUGCGGACCGUAGCGGAACAUAAUAAGUAGGAGUGAGGACUAGAAUCCACUGAGACGGAGGUAACAAAUAUCUAAGAUUUAGAAGUAGGAUUAAGUUCUCUAAACCCUCUCGGCUAACCGCUCCGGCACGAUGUUCGGUGUGUGCGAACGGCUUGCUCCAGUUCGGUGCCGUUUAAACUUUUCCGGAUAUCUUUUUGUGUCGACACGAAAAUCUAAUGUAUACGGUAUACGUGAGCUAGCGUAGCCUAAAUAUGCAUGGUAAUCUUAACACCUGGGUCCAUUUGUUUGAAGGACAAUUACUGCUUAACCCGGAUUAAAUUUAACACUGUUUUCUCUUUCUUGUGUUCAAAAUUAUUUUCUCGGAUAAUUUUCUCUGAUAUAUUUAGAGCUUUCAAUCAUCAACUUGCAAAAGAAUUAAAACUGAAAUGCUUUUUAAGCUUUCAAAUCUGAAUUUAAAUCUCGCAGUAACCCUGGGUUAUUUUAACCCAGUUUUGAACAGCUCAGUCCUGAGCUUUACAGUCUUUUGACUUGAUAAAAGAGGAUGGUUUUUUUAUCUCUAACCGAAACCUUUGCCGCGUGGAACAUGACAGAGUAACCUCACUAGAGGUAAAAAAUAUUUUCUUUUUGAUCUGAAGAUAAAGGCAAUAACACUAAAAUAAAUUUGGCAUCUGCGAAGUCUUACGUAAUGCAUCCGAGUUAGCAAUCGGAGUUCGAAGAGAACGAGAGCUUUACUUUCUUCCUUUGCCUUACUUGGAAUAUAUUUGUUUUAGAACAGGAGAGCUGUUACAUGUAAAACAUCCGGGAAGUAAGUUUUCAAAUAAAAUAAGACAUUUAAAACUAGAUACUGCUUCAUAUAAUGACAAGGAAAAAAUUUAAAUGCAGGUAUUUUAAGAUAAUUUUUUUCUGAAAACGCAAAAGAAAUCUUAAGCUCAGCCAGAGCCUUUAUUUUCGUUCUUAUUAGAUACAUUUGGAGAAACUUCAGUACCACACGCAGACCAUGACUGGAGAAGAUACUCUUCCAUCUCUAGCUGCCAAACUUGCAGACAAGCUCAAAACGAGGUUUGUAGUUGUAAGGCGACUGAAGAAAGCAGUUGAAGACUCGUACAAUCGAGCUGCGAAUACGAAGCCAGCCACGGAAUGCUGUAAGGCCGAGAAAUCUAAACUUCAAUACAACACGAGGUUCCGAUCUCUAGUGGACGUAAACAAUUUUUGUGCUCAGAUUUCUAGUACUGCUUCACCCAACCCUGUCCACUUAGAUGAAAGCGUUCUUUUGGAAAUGAAAGCUAUUUUUGAAACGUAUUCUUUCUUCACUUGGCAGUUCUUUGCUUCAGAGGAAGGCAUGUUGACUGUCUUUCCGGUUCACUUUAACGAAAAGGAUUGUUCUAAAUACGACCCUCGAUACAGACCGUUUUACGUGGAAACCGCCACUCCGGAAGCUAAAGACGUGGUGUUGGUGAUCGAUACAAGUGCAUCCAUGAUUGGAGAGAAACUUGUCAUCGCCAAAGAAGCUGCAAACACAGUGCUAGAAACCAUGAAUCCAAAAGAUCAUGUAAGUGAAUAACAACUAAAUAAGGAAAAGAAGACAUCAGUGCUACGUGCUUAUCAAUGGGUUGCAGAUGAGAGAGGAUAUAUAUUAGCUAGAAUAUAAUAGCCAAUCGACGUUUCGACUGAAUCUACGUGCCAAGCUUUUCCAGGCGAGUUCGUCUUGCUCUCGCUCCAACUUUCGCGCAAUGCCUCAAUCGCAGAAACGCUUGUUACGCACGCUAACAUUUCAAUGCAUCGUCCCCAAUAAUUUUGAUUUGAAAUUUUAACUGGCUUCGAAACUUUUUUCUUUUUCUUUUCUUUUCUUUUUUUAAUUUUAGGUUGGAAUUGUAUCCUUUAACACUAGGGUCGCAACCCCUGGAAUCUAUGGUGGGAAAAGGUUAUGUUACGGUGAACGGUUAGCAAGAGCAACUCCUGAAAAUGUCAAUAGUUUAAAAAGCUAUGUUGGAGGACUUGUUUCCCAUGGUAAGAGGCGUCUCGUAUAAUCUAUAUAUCUGACUGGAAUGGAAAAACAUGGCUAUAGAAAUCUCUCUCUCUCUCUCCCUCUCUCUCUGGUUUACUUUCGGGAUCUUGAAUAAAUCGACUGUGUGAGUCGAGACAAGUUCCAUGUGACGAUUUAGGGACUGGUCCAAAAAUAUAGGGGUGGGGCGGAGCAUUUGGAAAUGUGGUUGAUAUAAAACACAUGGCCCACCUCCUCCCUUCGGCACAAUAAUGGCUGACUCAUCCCUAAAGCAAGGUUGGAAAUUCCAUGACCCACUCCCUAGUUACAACAUGGAUGUUUGGUUUGCUCUUACUAAUCCAAUAAAACCUUGUUCUGUGCUUGACAAAAUUUGUUGAUACACUGCUACAGCCAAUUUCAAAAUCGCAGAAAUCAUAUCUUUCACUGAAAAGACAAAUGGUAAAACCGAACAUUUCUUGUUUCGAUGGACGUUAUGAGUCUUGAGACAAAUAUGCCGCAAAACGAGGGCAUAAUGAAAUUGUCUGUCACAAAGCAUAUGCAAAUUUGUACAAAGACAACCCAUUCCCACACAUUACUUCCCGGAAAUGCUUAGAUUAAUCCUCAAAGAAACUGCAAUGGGCACAAAGACAGCCGUUUUGAUUCCUUUGCUAACAUUAUCAUGUCAUAUAUUGAAACAACAACAACUCUAGGAAAAACUGUCUUUAGAACGAAAGUUUGGAAAUGCUACAUGCAUGAUCUCUUUUCCCUAUGGGACAUGAGUAGAUGAGACAUUGAAGCCUUGAACUUACUUCACCCAACUAUUAAAUUCACGGCCGAAACAUUUGACACUGAGACUGCGUUUUUAGACACGGUUGUAUACAAAGCCACAGGAGUCAAAGAAAAAUCUCAGUCCUUGAUGUAAAGGCACAUUUUAAACAAACAGAAACCUUGUUGCACACACAUUUCACCUCGUGUCACCCUCCAAGUGUUAAAAAAGGAUUUGUCAAAGGAGAAGCCUUGAGAAUCCUACGAAAAAACUCCUCAGAAACAACCUUUGAGGAAAAUAAUUCAAAUUAAAAAAAAGAAAAACACUUGAUGGACGGAGGCUACCCACAAACUUUGAUAGAAAACCUACCAUCAGAAAUAAAAUUCACAAAAGGGAGUCUAAACUCCUGAAACAAAACAAUAAGAAGGAAAAAGAAAUAUUGCCAUUCGUGACAUAAUACCAACCCUCAGUGUCUACUAUAAAGGAAGCUUGAAUGAAAAAAUGGAAUCUGAUACAAGACCAACCAUAACUUCAAUAAAUUUUUAAAGAACCACCAAUCAUUUCCUUACAAAAAAGGAGAAUCAUUAAAGGACAUGCUCGUUAGACCCAAAAAGAAAAGGUUUACAAAGGGCUUCACGCCCGUAUAGAUGUGCGACCUGUCACCCUUUGCAUUUUCUUGCAGAACAGGUUUGUGAGUAUUUUAGCAAUAAUUCUAGCUGGCUGUGUUUUAUAUAACAAGUGUAGUCAACUGUCUCGUCAGUAGUUAGUGCCUAUCUAUGUAAUAAAAUAGGGUAACCCACCCCCCAAAGGGUAGCUGAAAAUUGCACGACCCACCCCUUGCACAAGGCUCAAAACCUCAUGACCCACCCUCUCUCUGCUCCGGCCCACCACCCCUAUACUUUUUGACAAGUCCCUUAUAAGGAGAAAGCGAGAGUUUAACGGAGUAAUUUGGCGACGUUUCGCCCGUGUUAAGUGUCGAAGUAUUAUGAGCGAUUUUCGGAAAUGUUGUGAUUGCUGCCAAAGUCAUUUAUUGUGUGAUUUACCGAAAGUGUUGACAGACUAAUCUCAGGUAUGUGUGGUGGAGCUCGUGUUACCAGGAUACUUUGUGGCAAGCAUAAAAAUGCUUCGCGAGUGUUUAGUUUAGGUGAGUUUAUCUUGGAAAGCCUAUUCUGUGCUCAAAGAUUGUGGAUUCUUAAUCUGUUUUUGGUCGACACUGAACUAUGGGCCUCACGGUUUGACUGACUAAAAAAUUACACGUUAAAAAUGUUGUUUAUUCCAUUGCAAAAUCCUGUUACUUCUGCGAGAGAACUGUACCGUCUAUUUCCAACAAUAAUGCUGGCAUUGUUUAGCCUCAGCUAGUGACUUUUAAUUGCUUUCCAUUCCAAUUAGAUGUCUAAUUGUUAAAAUGCACUUGAAAUUUCUUUAGCCACGUUUUAGCAAAUCCAGUCAGAUAUAUAUUUGUUUUGAUAGCUAGGUUUACAUUUUGCCUGUGACUGAGGCUUAACCGCUCACUACUUACAGUUUUGUUUUUGUUUUUGUUUUUUUUAAGUAAACGAAUCGACAACAAUUUUCCAUGGUAUACAUUUAUCGACCAUUUCAGACAUGACAUCGCAACGUUUAAAACUAAAGAGGAACCACGAUCUGUAGGCAGUUCUUGUAGCCUAAAAAAACAGUCAACAUUUCACCACUGGUUUCCUUGCUGAAAUGAUCUCUAAGGAAUAAAAUGAGAAAUUCCGCACUACUACAAUACAAUCCAGUUCUGGGUGGUGCUUCUAACUGGUCGUUCAGCGUGGCCAAUCAGAACAACCCCGAUCUGGGAAAUGACAAGUAAUCAGUAUGGAAUUUCUGCAGUCGCUCCUCAAACUUCAUUUCGCGGGAGAAACCAAUGCUGGCCUUUGAAAUGUCGGCUCUCUUCUCAGGCUUGACUCCAAUUCCGUUGAAGUUUCUCCGAAACUCGCGCGCAAGAGAAAAAGACAAACAAAUCGUUCCAUUAUCAUUCCAAUUAUUAAUUUAUUGUAUUAGAUUCGCCAAUUUUUUGGCAGGGUCUCCACAACUGCAUGACCCAAUUACUGCUGGCCCGUAACAGUCUCCUCCCCUAUGAGAGACCACCACAACGGGGACUACGUCUCCCGCUCUUUACAAACAGUGUGUGGGAUAUUUAACGUCCCACAGAAUUAAUCUAUAUAAGGGUUGUGAGACGGGGCCUACGAGUUAUCGUCCUUAUCCGAGAAGAAUUAAAAAAACGACCCUGAAUGUUUUUCCAGCCGGGGUUUGAACCAGCGGCCUUCCGCUCGGCAGACCAGGGCAUAUCUAUUACUGACCUAACCGUGCGGCUGUAAAAUGAUUCAUGAUCAUCGAAACAUUUUUUUUUUGUCUUUAGGUGAAACGCAAUACCGGUUGGCUUUUGAAAAGGCUUUUAAUCUUCUGAAGCGCACCACAUCUGAAGACGCAGGCAAACCAAAACGGAAAGUUAUCUUAUUUCUUACAGACGGAGCACCCUCCGAUGAUAAAAAAGCAAUUUUCCAGACCAUAAGAGACAGGAAUCUGGAGCUUAACAACUCGGUUGUCAUUUUGACAUUUGGUUUCGGUGGUGUAGAUCAGGAAACAAUUAACAUUCUUCAAGAUAUUGCCCUGCAAAACACAGCCAAGUAUGGAGUCUUCUCCAACGCUUCAUUUGGAGACAUAACGGUAAAACUUUCAAGUGUUCUGAUAUACGAAUUCUGCCCUUUUUAUGUGUGAAAUAAAAACAAUAACUUUGAAAUACCAACUUGAACUCAGCAUCUCCACAUUUCAAAAGCUUCAUGAAAAUUUCUAUCCCUACGCAAAGCUCGACAAAACGACGUUUGCUUUCUUUGAAGACAGUCUCUCUAGGACCAGAUUAAACAGGGUAGUUAUUGUUUCCUUUCUCUCUUAUAAUUAGAAGGGAAAAUACAUAGCUGUAGAAGACAUCAAAACCCUUAGAAGCAAAAUGGGCUUGUACUAUAACUUCUUUGCAGCCGGAAAGCAGCUUGAUCGACCAGUGGCUUCUGUCCCAUAUGUUGAUGCUUUUGGACUAGGUUUGUGUUUUUCUGUUUACUGCGCUUAGGAAACUAUUCGUUUGAAAGACGCCCUUAGAUGUUCCAUUAAGCUCCACGCAGAGUUCAAAGAAGGCAUGAGUAUGAAAAAUUGGGAGAAAAACUUACCUUAGGAAAAAGGGAGAGGCAAGGUUCAUGAGAUUUGGCGCUCCAGAAACAAAAAUAGCGAGAAAUACAAAACAGAAAAUUAUGUAGCCUGCGAGAACGCCUUGUCCAUACGUGGAGAAAGCGACAGAAAUUAUUUAAUGACUUCAAAGCAAAAAAAAAGAACCACGAAGUUUUCAAAGGUGUUGAAGAAUACACAAAUCUGCAGCAAGAAACAUAGGGCUUAAAGACAAGCUUUGAAACUCGUUUGGUCCCUGUGCGUCCACAGCCUUCACAUCUCAGUCUUAUUUUAUUUGGAGUACACUGACAGAGUCCUAGUGUACAAAACCUUAACUUCUUAUUAACACUUUUUUCCUAAUUUUAGGACUUGUAAUAUCAAUAACCCUUCCUUGUUAUCAUAAAGGAAUGUUUAUUGGUGUCGUAGGCACUGACAUUAGCAUGGAGGAUUUGGUAUCUGACAUCAAUUUAUUAAACGAAGGACAGAGUGCAUACGCUUUUAUGACCAGUAAAUCAGGGAGAACUAUUGUUCACCCUCUCCUCCCAGCUCCAACCGACGCGUAUGGAGACCCAGUGUAUUUGGAUAUUCGUGCAUUAGAGCCAGAAGCAGAGUUCAACGAUGUUUUUACCUCAAUGACAAAGUAUGUAGGUGUAUUAACUUGUAACAAUUUUUUACCUCUGCGCUGUGUUGUUGUACUGCUGGUGGCUGAGCCUACAAUGUAGGUACAUUAGGAUUGUUAAAGAAUGAUAGAUUUAGAAGCAUAUCUAGCCACUUCAGGACGCAUAACAUUUAAAGUUUUCCCACAGAAAACUGAUACCCCUGGACUCCCUUAACAUGCUUUCUCUCAUAGAUUCAAAUUAACGCCACCACUCUCAAUCCUUCUCUGAAUCCGGGGUUAUUCUGACACAAAUGAAAGAAAUUUUCACUGCAUUAGGUAUUUUAGAGGUUUCCACUAGUUAUAUUACAGCUUUACACUUUUCUCUUAGUGGCAGGUCUGGUUCAAAAACCUUUCUUUCCAAACGAUUUUUACCACGAGGGGGGGACGUCAAGGAAGGAGUGGAAGCCAGAGAAGUAAAUUCAACGUACUCUUGGACUCAGGUAGAUGGUACCGAAUUUACACUUGGUGUAGUUGUACCAGUAGCCUACGCGAAGGAGAAACUUAAGGCUGUCACAAUUCCAGAAGGUUAGUCAGCUGGAGAGUAUUGCUGUGUAAUUUUCCUAAUAAUCAAACCUCCUUAUCAUGGACAUAUACCAGAAAUCAGAGGUGCCUUAAUGAUUAUGGAGGUGAAUCGACCUUGCUGUCUUUGCAAUCAAGAAAAAUCUCAGUAAUAGAGAGGUCUGUCCCUAUGGAGAGGUUUGGCUGAAUCAGUGAAAGCGCUUUUUCGUAUAGUCAAUAAGCUGAGACUAUCCAAUUUAAUCCCGGAUAUGCUUCGAAUUUAGUAAUGUUUGGACAAUUAAACGCUAACAUUGCUUCACAACUGCCAACGUAGUCCAGCCCCGCAAUGAAACAGCUAAUGAAAGUUGUAGCAUGUGAGCUUUCACUACCCUUAAGAGCCCACAGCAGCAAUUGUUAAGACUAAAAUCACCUGCCAUUUGUUAUCAUUAAAUCCCAAAGGUUACAAGUUUCAGUAUCACCGGAUCGAUCUCCAGUCCUUUGAAAAGCCGUGCAGUCAUUUCGGAGUAAACGCAACAAAAGGUACUAUUUUCAAGUCAUAACAUACGCUAAAAACUUUCAAAUUCCUGCUUUUAAUAAAAAUUGUAUCAUGAAAGUGAAGAAAAAAAGAAAAGACUGUGUUGAUCGAUUGUAAAAAAAAGGAAAUAAUUUGAUCCCACACUGGUCUGGUGUUUCAAAGAGCCAAAAAUUCGAGGACUUUCCAAGGAUUUUUAGGGCCAAGAAAACACGACCAUUACCUUUUCGGAAAGAAAGGGGUACCUUAAAAGUUUUUAAGGGGCAAAGAGUUUUUCAGGCAUCAGUAUAACACUGGAAGAAUAUUUGUAUUAAGCUUCCUGGAGUAAUAUCCUUGCUGAAGACUCACGGAAACUUAACAGUGAAUCAUCCGCUACUCACCUACAAACACCCUUUCAGAAAGUCUUAGGGCUUUAUAAUUUCCGCAUAUCCUUUACACUGACUAAAGAAUGAUAAUUCCACCUAACUAUAUAUAGGUAAAUGAAUUCUGUGUUUUUUACUAAUAGGUACCACGGCUGUAAAAUUUGCACCCGGAGCUUUCAAAGACAAUUACGAAUAUAUAGGUAAAAAAGAGAGUAGGGCAGAUUUGGAGUUGCUCAAUGCUUACAUGACUGACGAUACGGGGACGAUCAAAAGUCCUGGUCUAAAACCGGGAAUAAGGGACACAGUGACCGCUACCUGGAAAGUGGAAGACAUUUGGUUGCGUGAAAAGACUGAGCUGACACAAUAUUUGGUGUGGAGAUAUAUUGGAACAGCAGAUGGGGUUUUCAGGCAGAUGCCUGGUGCUGUAUUUCAGAAAAGUUACGAUCCCAGACAAAGACCCUGGUAAGUAGGAACUCUCCUCUUCAACCCCUUGAAUCGGGUUGUAAUAUCAAAUAGGCCGCGUGAUACUGUUUUAUCAUCCAAAUUUUCGAAAGGCUAUCACUCCGUCUUCAACCAGAAUAGACAACUUCACGGGGUCAAGAUCUCAAUAAGACUCAUCAUGUAGUCAGUGGUCUGCCUGCCUCCCGUAGAGGGAGGUAAUGUCGGAGUACUCCACCCUUGCGGUUCAGUUGUACUUUAUGAAGCUUGCUUUUUUCUUUUAUUUUUCAAGGUAGUUGGAAAAAUGUUGAUCUUGUUUAUAAUGGGCCAAUUUGUGUGACCGCAAGUGAACACUGGAGCUUACGUUGAUUCAGCUCAGGCCUAUUAAGUCGCCCCGAUCUAAACCAGGGCUGGUUUAGGGUAGACGACGCUGACGCUGGGUUUGCAGGUGUCCUUUUCAACCUUUUUAUCAUCCUCUUAACCUCGGGAAACACCGCAGCACCUUUGGAGGGUUUUUUCUGGGAUCCUGAGUUGGACCCGUGACUUAUAGCUUUUCUUGGCUGUGGCAUUUCGAAUCUCUGUAAGAACCCAUUCUGGUCCAUUCUGGGCAAUCAAAGAGCAAAAGUGCUUCUCUUUUUCGAAGAUGAUGGUUUGCCCUUUUAACGAUAUCCAGUUUUUGUGCCCAGGGUGGCGUGAGGAAAACUGAUUAGUAGUGCCUGAGUGCGUACAGUUCUGUAGGGAUCAGCUGUUGAUCGUUCGGGAUUCAUUACGAUUUCCAGUGGUUGUUUUUUUUUUUCCUGCUCGAUGGCGAAGCUGAAGCUGGCGUGCUUUUCAUUUAUUUGGUAGAAAAUCAUCUUUGUAUUUGUCUUGUUCACAACUCCUGUUCAUCUAUCCUUGCUCUAAGACUUCUCCAUGAAGAGUUCCACUAAUACUGGGUAGAGCGGGGAAACCCUGGCCAUUGACUCUAUUGCGCUGCUUGUAACUGUAACGUUGUGGCUUUGUACAGAAACAAAACGGUUCUUUUAAACAUAAACAAACAAUAUUUUAAUCCAAUUAAGUCACUUCACUUAAAACUCCUGUACAAGAUGGCGAGCACGUGUAAAACCUGGCAUUCUAUUGGAUAACAACUAUCACGUGGCGUUACAGUAAAGUAUAUCCACGACCAGCCAUAUCAACAAUACCAUUUUAUCAGGGGUCAUUGGUGAGCGUUCUGACUAAAUGGGAGUCAUUCUCUGUCUAAGUGAUCAAAAAGGUAAUGUUUUUGCUUGGGAGUCGCUGGUAAACUGGGUGGCGAUGUCAUAUGACGUCUAGAUAUUGCCAUUAUCGAAUGUGCUCUUUCUAUUCGUGUCCACGAGGUUCAGCGUUGGAGGUGUUUAUUUUUCCUCACCUUAAUUGCCCCACCCAAAGGUUCAGUAACGGUGGUGAGUGAUCCUAGGGAGAGCUGAUAGAUCUCUAUUUAAAUCGUCUCCCCAGAGACGACGGCAAGCAUCUUCAUAGUUUUAGGAGUUCUGUAGAGCCGCAGGUGGCGUCUGAAGUAGGGAAUCGCUUUAUUCUUGGCAGGUAUCUCUGGAUUAUGUUGCCCUUCAUUUCACAUGGCUUUCAGUCUGUGCUGUUCAGUCUGAACAGAUUGUUCGGAAUUGUAGGAGCGCAAGUGUUCUUAUGCGAAGUUGGCAGUUUCUGGCGUGCUGACACACGCACUCAUGCUUGUCCAAAACAACAAAGGCUUUCAAUUUGUCAGAAGAAAGAAUGAAAUGUCCUUAAUUGGGCGCUUGGACAUUUCUGUCAUCUUUACUAAAACUGUCUUUAGGGUGCUAAGAAUUGGAAAAUCAACGACCUGGUCUCAAAGAUAUCGCAUCCUAACUGCUCUAUGUUUUGACGCACGGCUUUUAUGGCACUGACGAUCGACAAUCUGUCGGGAUAAGUUUAAACCUUUUGAAAGGACUUUUAUAUCACUGUUACUGUGUUUUUAUAAUAGUGCCCUCAUGCAGCGAAAAAAAGAAAAAGAAAAAAGCAUCUCACAUGAAGUUAAGGACGAAAGCGAGAACCAGCAACAAAUUCAACAACCUUUGAGAUUCGAAGCCAGCCUAUUUUGAUAAGAGGCAUGUGCUGUCAGUUAUACAUGUACGUCACCUUACUAUUUUAUGGGUGCUGAUGACUAAGAAAAAAUAUUUUAUGUGUACAUGCCGUCUAUCCUUGGCCUAAUUGUUAUUUUCUUUAGUUUUUGGAUGUGGUAAUGGUAAAAAUUAAAUUUACACCAAGAUUAAAAUUUUUGUUAUUCAUGGUUUGGUUCACUUAGGUAUUAUUCAGCUUUGGGUAACACUGGCCUUCUCACUCUCACGACCCCAUAUUUGGACGCUGGCCAACCUAAUGGCAGAGGCGCUGGAGUGAUUAUAACUGUCGCCCGCUCCCUAUACCGAGGGGAGUCAAGUCACCAUCAUCACACAAAUGACGAGGUUCUUGGAGUUAUGGGAGCUGAUUUCUCACUGGCUUAUUUCUACAGGUUAGUCCAAGCUUGCACAAGCUCAUUGCAUUUAGGUAAUGUCCAUUUUUGUCGUGCUGUUGGGCCAAAAACGGAAAUAAUUAAAUAAUUUAAUACAUUUUUUUUUUAUUUUAAAACUUUAAAUCUAAAACACACCCCCCUUAUUAAAGAAAAAAGUAGUCUCGAAAACAGCUGGACACGGACACAACAAAAUAACAAAUUAGGCUUCCUAUUAUUAGGUGGUUAUUAGAUAACUAUCAAUUUUUAUGACAUCUUCAUGCAGUUUAAUGGUUUAGUUAAUUGUUAUUUGCCUCAGAAUUUUGGAUGUUUGUGGUUUUCCGAAGCUACUGACUAAACAUUUGAUUUUUUAGAUUGCUCACUAAAGUGUAUCCAAAGUGUAGAGAACGAAAAUUCUAUUCUUGCUUCGUUAUGGACAGCGCUGGAUUCCUUAUCAUGCACGAGGACUUCCUUGCACAUUCCGAAAUUAUUGCCCAAGACUUGGAAUAUGUUCACAUUACUAAUAAAGAAAAGAAUAUCGCGGAACAUCUCAUUACAACUGGCUACUUGAAAAAACGGGAAUGCCGCAAUCUUAAAGAAAUCCAGAAGCAGAGUUUUUAUGAAGUUGACUUGCCAUAUGGAGGAGUUGACGUUCUGAAGAGUGGAGACAGCUGCAGUAAAUACCAACUCAACAAGAUUGUUGGAACUAAUGCUUACCUAGGUUUGUAAGUGAUUUUGUAGUCUGUGUGUGACAGUGCUUGCAUUCUGACGGUGGCUAGAAUAUCUCGGUCUAGCUUUUAAACCAGCUGCAGUCAGAAAUAAAAGCAAGUCCCAAGGGGAUAAGUAGACUUUCUUAAAAGUCCUUUAAUUUUUUUCCUGGUCGACCUCGCGACCUCGUCGCACGCUCGGUCGCUGCACGACCUUGUUGAAGCUCGCUUCGCUCGCUAAAAACCUUAUGAGAGGUCGACUUGUGGCAAGUCCAGGGAUAAAUUUCACGCCACACGUAAUCUGACAUUUAGACGUAGCUGCCAUUUGGCUGUUUACAAACUAAAGAUGGAAGGUAAAAUAAAGUAUUUCCAUUCUAAGACUUUCUUAGGCUUAACAGACACUGUUAAGUCUAAAAUUAACAUUUAGGAACGAAAAAUAGUGAAUGAUCAUGACACAGAAUGCUACAGUGAAAAAAAUCAAAACGAAAUAUAUGAAAUGAUCAUUAUAGCCCAGUUUUUCCAUGAGGGUAGAUAAACGCAUUCGGUACAAACAACUACUUUCGCAGUAUUCAACAUUUUUUUCCUGUUCGACCUCGCGACUUCGUCGCACGCUCGGUCGCUGCACGACCUUGUUGAAGCUCGCUUCGCUCGCUAAAAACCUUAUGAGAGGUCGACUUGUGGCAAGUCCAGGGGAUAAGGUACUACACGUUUUUCAGAGCUAAUUACCAGAUAUACUUGAAUGGGCCUUUUGCAAUAGUUAGUCACGUGAUAAAUUUUCCGUAAAUCAUGAAAACAGUUCGCUUUUGGAAAAUUUGGUUAGUAGGAUAUUAAAAUUAAAUAACCUGUGAAUUUUCAGUCGCAUAUCUCAAAAGGAAGAUUUGUAUGAGAAAAAUAACUAUUGCCACCCGGUAACGCGUGAAUGGUGUUCUAUACAAAUCCUUGUAAAUUUUGACAUUUUUAAACUGUCGUUAAAUCUUUCCCUUACGCAUUUAAGGGCUCAAAUUGCCUUGAAUGAAUAAAAAAGAGAUUUGAGCCCCAUAAUGCUUAAGGAAAUAUUUUACGACAGUUUGAAAUUUUCCAAAUUUACAAGGGUUUGAAUGGAAAACCACUUAAACUUGACGGGGUGGCAAGGGUUGAUUUUCCCAUACAAAUCCUUCUAAUUAUCGGCGGCCGUUACGAUCUCUACUUUUGAGAUAUACGGCAGUAAAUACCUUACCUUAUUUUAAUAUGCUUUUUCAGUUCCUGCUAACAAAACUUUUUGAAAGCGAACUGUUUUUGUGUUUACAAAAAGUUGAUCACGUGAUCAAGUAAUGCAAAAGGCCUAUUGCUCCGGGGUCCGUAAGUUUACCUUGAAUUGAUUUCUUGUGCAACAAUAUGUACUUGAAAGGCCGCAGUGGCAAUCAAGAGAGUCUUGGUUUUGAUGAGUAGGUUGAGUAUGAUCAUCUGGGUGAGGGACGGCCUAUUUUUGGUACCAACACACCCCUCUCGUUUGCUAUAUACACACACUGGGUCAAAAGUUGGCUUUGAGGGCAAUCACUCCCGCAACCGGGAUUUUUGUAGUUUUCCAUUACUGCGAUGUAGAACUAGUCAGAUGCCAGGACAACUACAAUUUUUUUAGACAUUGCCCUUAAGUAGGCAGCAAGAGUCUAUUGUAGUUUCCCAUCUUAACAUGACUACGUAAAGCGACAGAGGUAGCGAGGGAAAAAGUGAUCAAAUCAAAUUGUACUGUCCUAAGUACCAAUUGAUUGGAAAGUGUUACCCACUUAACUGUACAGACUUAUUUUUCUGCAGGAGUCGCUUUGCGGGAUUCAAUUUGUGCUGCUGAAUCAUGUACCUGUUCUUCAGAUAACGAGUGUUUCCGUCCGUCCACAAAGUGUGAAUGUCCCUGUACCUCUCCGCUCGAAUUUGAAUAUUGCCAAAGUCAGUUCCCAAACAGCAGGUGAGUUUUGACUCCCGAGCAGGCCACUAAUGCAUUACUACAUAUUUUAAGUUCAAAUGUAACAAACAAUUAUACACAACAACAUACAUACAUUGCAUGCAAAAUGGACUCAACCGUAUUAUUUUGUAAAAGUUACGACUAAUUUUACUAACAGUACGAACACUUUAACAGCGGCCACUUAAGGAUGGUGCCCACUAUUGUUACUGCGCACAUUUUUUGCGCAUGUCAAGGUAGUCGCGCGCGACCCGAAAGAAAUGCGCAACACGCAGGACACGCGGACUGGUUUUGUUAUUUCUUAUGGAAAAAAAUGCGUCGUUUUUCAACAGAUGAAAAAUAAUUUCUACUUACAGUGCCACUUCUUUGAAAACCGAAGAAGUAUGCGCAUGUUGCUAUUUCUGCCGUAUGAUCGAUCUGACCGAACAUUUUGUAGUCAAACAAAGUUAAUUCUAAAACAUCAAAAGUUAUUGCUUCAAGAUGUUACGCUUAGAGCUUGGGUAUAAAUAAAUCCCUUAAUAGGCAAAGAUCAGUAAAUCAGAAGGAAAAUAGCUCUAAGUCCUCCGCUUAAUCGAGAAACUGCAAGCUUACCUAUCACUCGCGUCCUUCGCGUUUUAUCGGCUAAUCGGCCAUAAACACUUUCCCGAAUAUUUCUUUAAUUUUGUAAGAUUUUAUGUAAUUAUUCACCGGAAGAUAGAUUUAAAGUUUUCGAGUACACACAGAUUUCCCUUUUAUUGAGGGUCCGAGGCUUUUAUUUGAUGAACAAACAAGAAAAAAAAAAAAACUAUCACAAGAUUGCUUGUAUUGAUGAGAUCGCAGCUUCACAAAUAGUUGCCGACCGCAAAGGAAACGCUUUCAUCGUGGAAAAAAUCGUAAAAAAUUGUUAUCCUUUUUGCUAUUAUCAUUGUUAUUUAUGCAUUUUGGCAUUACUAAGGAUUGAAAUUAUUGACUCAUUGGGCAGUUUGUCGUGUAGAUAGUAUUUCUUAAGGUUAAAUUUAACGCCACACGUAAUCUGACAUUUAGACAUUUGGCUGUUUACAAACUAAAGGUGGAAGGUAAAGUAUAGUAUUUCCAUUCUAAGACUUUCUUAGGCUUAACAGACACUGUCAAGUCUAAAAUUAACAUUUAGGAACGAAAAAUAGUGAAUGAUCAUGACACAGAAUGCUACAGUGAAAAAAAUCAAAACGAAAUUUAUGAAAUGAUCAUUAUAGCCCAGUUAUUCCAUGAGGGUAGUUAAACGCAUUCGGUACAAACAACUACUUUCGCAGUAUUCAGCUUUUUUAAAACAGAACUCAUGUAUGGAACUUGAGUCUCUCCCAGUUUUCUUUUUGGAUUUCAACAGCACCUGAUAUGAUAUACUUGUCUCACAUAGUCUUUAUCCGGGAAAAAAUACUUCCCAUUAGUGGGCUCCGUCCUUAAAAAAAACUUUGUGAAGCAUAGAUUUGUUUAUACGUUGUUUGUUUGUUUGUUGCCAUCUUAUUGCCUUUCAGUCUUCUGAUCUGCCCAGCUCUAGCUCCUAAGUCACAACAAACAAGCAAUCCCAGCCUACCCCACUCUGGAAAGAAGUGUCAUGACCCUAAACUAUCGUUAGACAAGUGCUUUGAUCCUCGCUGCAGUGAGAGAAACAGCUCUCAGACUUGCGAGGGAAUUGUCAGCUGUUACUGGUGUGUGUACAAUAAAGAUAACGUCCCCUUAAAGAAGCCGUAUUGUGCAAGUGCCGAUGUCUGCUUCAGAGGAAAAGAAGGUUAGAGGAUACUUAGCCUUUUCCGAUGCUUUGAACACUUAAAGAAUAACCAAAUAACUAUGUGAAUGAAAUCUUAGAAAAAAUAGGAAUCACCUUCGCACCAAAUGUCUGCAUGCUUAUCUGUUUUACCUGAUUCCUUGAAAAACAACAACAGACGGCUCAAUGCAGUUAAAGAAUUCAAUACUUUUAUCCGUAAUAUUAAUGUCUUGGAUGAUGGAGGCAAGCCAUGCUGGAGACUAAUGAGCAAUUAUGAAUCAAUCAGAAAAGCAAUAUGCCCUUCAUUUUGCCCGCUCGCAGGUGCAGGCAUAAAAUUGAAAAUAAGAAUAAUAAUCACCACGACCACCUCCUAUUUUUCCGUCUUUUGAAGAUAUGAUCUUAAUUGACCUUAUUAACUUUCUCCUAUUUUACAACAGCCCAAGUCCUGCCACCCUGUGUCGUCCCUACCAAGUCAAGAAAGGAAAAUUCAGUUCCAAGCGGGGAUUGGUUUGGCAAGAAUCAUGCUAGUGCGUUGGCCGGGAUAACUGUUGUUGGUGUUGUCAUCAUAGUAGGACUUUUUUGUUUGGUAAGCACUUACAGUCGCUUCCAGUCUUUGUAUUGAUUCACAUCUUAAUUCGGGGAAUCUCAAAGAUGGUUCCCCUGGUCGAAAAAUAUUUCACUCAGAACCGCUCACUGAUAUUUCAUCUGCGGAGGAAAUUGGUUAAUAAAUAAAACGUGAACAGGGGUGAUAAACAUUGUGAGUUUUCGCAUUUUUAUAAACUGGAAGUUUCUUAUGCUAUUCAACAUACAUCUUCAAAAGUGAUCUUAAAUGACCGUUUAAAGAAAAUGACGAGACUAUAUAUUAAAAAAAUUACAAAUUGGUUCAUAUUGUGCACAUUUUUCAGAAGGGUCAAGAUUUUGAAUAGACGCAUGCGUACUUAUUUGUCACUUGUGUGCCCAUGAACAAAACACCGUGCAUAACAACUUAUCUUUUCUUGUACCUUACCUUGUAUCACGAACUGUAUAGCAUCUUGUGAAAAUGAAUCGUUUUAGCCCGAAAAUAUGCAAGAUAACCUGCUCAAGGACCAUAGCAACCUUACUGAAUAGGUCUUCUCUGCAGUUACUCCUGCUGCCACAAUCAAUAAUUUCCCAGACAUUUAAAUAGCUGAAUCGCCCUUUACAUAAAUCACAUGGUACAUGGCACUCUCACCUCCGUUUAUUCGUUUCUUCGAUAAUUUCAGUUUAUUCUUUCAUUCUUUUAUGCUCUAAAGGCGAUAUGGCAAAGAAGACGCAGAUUAAGGAAAAGUUCCUCUAACCCCAAGGCAAAUAGCUUGUCCACAGAGAAUAUAAUUGAUUGUCAAAAUGAAGACCUCCAUAAGCGUCCUCGCGCACCAACUCCUAUUUUGCCACUGGAAUAUGAAGAUCCCAAUGUUCUAGAAAUGUCUCAAGAAGGUUCUGUAGUUCUAUCAUGUGAUAACGAAGCAAUGAUUUCCAUGCCGGAGGGACGUUCACCCCAUCUUUGUGAGAGUAGGUCAGAAACUGACCCAAGUGAAAGUUCAGCAUCUCCGGCUCAGUUGCAUCCAGAACGAAAUAUUACUGUGAGUAAACAUGCAAGAGCCACAUCACAAGAAGUUUCAAAAGAUAUAGAGCCAGAAACUCUGUCAUUAACUGACAAAGAAUCGUUUGAACUUCCUGGAAACCAAGGGCAGCCUGUUUUGAUAACUUCUUUUGAUUACGUAGAACCAAAGUACGGUAAUAUACCUCCUCCUGUUCCAGAACAAUGGAACGCUUCUAGUGCAUAUAUGUCACCAUUGACAUUACAGUCCUUUAGCAGAUCAGUACCAGAAAGGAAUAGUACUCCUGGAAACACUACUGAUGAACAUGGCUACUUGGUAUGCUUCCUCUAA